CCGAGCUGGAGUUCGUGCAGAUCAUCAUCAUCGUGGUGGUCAUGAUGGUCAUGGUGGUGGUGAUCACCUGCCUGCUGAGCCACUACAAGCUGUCUGCCCGCUCCUUCAUCAGCCGGCACAGCCAGGGCCGCAGGAGGGACGACGGCCUCUCCUCGGAAGGAUGCCUCUGGCCCUCGGAGAGCACGGUGUCAGGCAGCGGAAUCCCAGAGGUGAGACCCAGCACCCCCUCCCUACUGCACCCCAGCCCAGCNGACCGCCUGGCCGUGCCUGCCUUCGCGCCCCGGGACCGCUUCCACCGCUUCCAGCCCACCUACCCCUACCUGCAGCACGAGAUCGACCUGCCGCCCACCAUCUCACUGUCCGAUGGAGAGGAGCCGCCCCCCUACCAGGGCCCCUGCACGCUCCAGCUGAGGGACCCCGAGCAGCAGCUGGAGCUGAACCGCGAGUCAGUGCGCGCACCGCCCAACCGAACCAUCUUCGACAGUGACCUGAUGGACAGCGCCAUGCUGGGCGGCCCCUGUCCCCCCAGCAGUAACUCCGGCAUCAGCGCCGCGUGCUACGGCAGCGGGGGGCGCAUGGAGGGGCCGCCCCCCACCUACAGCGAGGUCAUCGGCCACUACCCCGGCUCCUUCCAGCACCAGCAGAGCAGCGGGCCGCCCUCCCUGCUGGAGGGGACCCGGCUCCCCCACCCGCACAUUGCGCCCCUGGAGAGCAAAGAGAAGGAGAAACAGAAAGGACACCCCCUCUAGGAGCCCGGGGCGGGCAGGGCCGCGGGGGGCGGAAGGCGAACACUCUGCACUUCCUAGACGAGAAGAGAGAGGCCUGGAUGCCGCGUGUGACACCCACCUCUCCGUGUAUAAAUAUUUACGUGUUCUGUCUGGUCUGAAUGCACAAGCUCAGAAAGCUUGCAAAAAACAAAACACAAAACAAAACAAAAAAACCACGUUUCUUUGUUGAGCCGUGUCUUGAAGGCAAAGGGAAAAAAAUUCUACAGUAGUCUCUUUUUUUUGUUGUUCUAGUUGAGCUGCGUGCGUGAAUGCUUAAUUUUCUUUUGUUAAUGAUGAUUUCACUUAACUUUAAAGACAUAUUUGCACAAAACCUUUGUUUAAAGAUCUGCAAUAUUAUAUAUAUAUAAAUAUAUAUAAAAUGAGAGAAACUGUAUGUGCGAGGGCAGGAGUAUUUUUGUAUUAGAAGAGGCUUAUUAAAAAAAAAGUUGUUUUCUGAACUAGAAGAGGAAAAAAAUGGCAAUUUUUGAGUGCCAACUCAGAAAGUGUGUAUUACCUUGUAAAGAAAAAAAAUUACAAAGCAGGGGUUUAGAGUUAUUUAUAUAAAUGUUGAGAUUUUGCACUAUUUUUUAAUAUAAAUAUGUCAGUGCUUGUUUGAUGGGAACUUCUAUCGUGUGAGGGAAAAAGGCCGAGUGUGGGAGUCAGGUCAGGUAGAGGAAGCCCGCUGCCCAGGCUCCCUCCCGGGCCGCCUCCCCAAGCCAGGGCCUCUGUCUGGAGCUGUACAUUCCCUGCCCAAGGGAGGGGAUUCGCGUUUCCCUCCGGCCGAAGAGCCUUUGGGAUUCAGAGCAAUCCAAAGUCACCCCUGAGGAACCAGGGUCCAGGUGGUGGUUUUCGCCUUUCCCAAAAUGAAAAUAAACGGUUACCGAAGGAA